UCACGCCGACGCUCGGCCACGCCGGCUCCUCCCAGAAGCCCGCGAGUCCGGUUUCCGGCGGGAGCGUGGAGACCGUGGUGUAGGUGAAGCUAGGCUGUUGGAUCCGGCGCUGGCCACGGGCUUCUCUGUCCUCUGCUAGAAUGCCUCACCUGGAAAAUAUGGUGCUUUGUCGCGAGUCCCAAGUGUCCACCUUGCAGUCCCUGUUUGGAGAGAGACAUCAUUUCAGCUUUCCGUCUAUUUUUAUUUAUGGACAUACUGCCAGUGGAAAGACCUAUGUAACACAAACUUUGUUGAGAAGUUUAGAGCUUCCACAUGUCUUUGUGAAUUGUGUUGAGUGCUUUACCUUGAGACUGCUUUUGGAACAAAUUUUAAACAAAUUGAAUCAUCUUAGUUCUUCAGAGGGUGAAUGUUCUACUCAUAUAACCUGUGAAAUAUUUAAUGACUUUGUUCGCUUAUUUAAACGAAUAACUGAAGCUGAAAAUCUCAAGGAUCAGACUGUAUAUAUUGUUCUAGAUAAAGCCGAGUAUCUAAGAGAUAUGGAAGCAAACCUUUUACCUGGAUUUCUUAGAUUACAAGAAUUGAGUGACAGAAAUGUGACUGUUAUCUUUCUCAGUGAAAUUGUUUGGGAAAAGUUUCGUCCAAAUACCGGAUGCUUUGAGCCAUUUGUCUUGUAUUUCCCUGAUUAUAGCAUAGGGAACCUGCAGAAGAUCCUAUCUCAUGAUCAUCCUCCAGAGUAUUCAGCUGAUUUCUAUGCUGCCUACAUUAACAUUCUUCUUGGAGUUUUCUAUACUGUCUGUCGAGAUUUGAAAGAGCUCCGGCAUCUGGCAGCACUUAAUUUUCCUAAAUAUUGUGAACCUGUGGUUAAAGGAGAAGCAAAUGAACGUGAUACUCGCAAGCUCUGGAGAAACAUUGAACCUCAUUUGAAGAAAGCCAUGCAGACUGUUUAUCUCAGAGAAAUAUCAAGUUCGCAGUGGGAAAAGCUACAGAAAGAUGACACAGAUCCAGGACAACUGAAAGGUCUCUCAGCAUAUACUCAUGUGGAACUUCCGUACUACUCUAAAUUUAUUCUAAUUGCUGCAUACCUCGCUUCUUAUAAUCCAGCAAGAACCGACAAGAGGUUUUUCCUUAAGCAUCAUGGGAAAAUCAAGAAAACCAAUUUUUUAAAGAAACAUGAAAAGACAAGCAAUCAUCUCCUCGGACCAAAACCAUUUCCAUUAGACAGAUUACUGGCAAUAUUAUAUAGUAUUGUGGACAGCAGAGUUGCUCCAACAGCAAAUAUCUUCUCCCAGAUUACCUCUUUAGUGACCCUUCAGCUCCUAACCCUGGUUGGCCAUGACGAUCAGCUUGAUGAACCAAAAUACAAAUGCACAGUGUCUCUAGACUUCAUCAGAGCUAUUGCUAGGACGGUGAACUUUGACAUAAUAAAAUACUUGUAUGAUUUCUUGUGAAAACAAGCUUCAAAGCCAUAUGGACACUGUGACAAUGACUAAGCCAAACUGUGUUCAUCCAACUACUCAGCUGGCCUGGGAGAGGAGUUCUUUGGCUCCAUUGGAUUUGUCCAGACAGGUGCUGGCCCAGCAUGGAAUCUGAUGAAAAUACUCUGAUUGGUCUGGGUGAAUGUGAGCAGAAGACUAUUUACCAGGGACCCUGGAGUAUUUGGAAAGAACGUGUUAAUUAUAAACAGCAGGGUCUGAGCACAAUCUGUUCUAUUCUUAAUGAUGUUAUCUUAACACUGAAAAUGCCUGAAACCCAUUUACUUAGGACUGCAUUUUGCUCUGUGAACUAUCCCCUGCGCUUUGAACGUGCCAGCAGCCCUUGUAUAUAAGCCCAGUCUUUUCACUUCCUCUCCACAGGAGCCUCUGCAGUUGCUUGCCAAAGCAGAUUUUCCUAAGGCCACCACUUUAAAAGAUCAUAGUUGCAAAAUAUAAUAAGUAGAAGUUUUUUGUUAUUUUAAGAUCCAAGUUUAUAUGUGUCUGUCUUUCACUCUGAUUUUCUCAAAAAGCAAGGUAGUUUGAUCAGAUAGGGCAGCUUUCCACCUCUAAGCCUCCUUGAUAACUGCAGUAUACUUAGGUGAGAUUUAUCUAGUCACUCUGGCAAUAAACUACUCAACAUAGCUUUUUAAUCUGCAUAAUGAUUUUCUUUCCUUUUUUUAAUCACUGACCUUUAAUAGUUCCACAAUAGAAGUUUUCCUGUUACAUUAAUUAUGAACCUAGGGUCUGAUUUUCAUACCUACUUUUGAAGUUUUCUGUUAGCACUUAAAUGCUUGAAAAUUAUUUUGAACAGAUUUAAAGUGCUUAAUUACAGAGCCUACUUUAAAUUUCA